CUCUUUGUUCCCGCCCUCUCGGUGCGUGACGCAGCGGGUCACGUGUUGUUUGUGCUGUGGCCCCAUAGAGAUGUGAACAGGGGGAGAAGGGAACGGAAUGCUAACCAUGCUAGCUAGAUCCUCCCGAUUAUAGGACCCGCGGCUGAGCGUGGUCAUGUUGCACACGGUGGGAUAUAUGUCGCGAUAAAGGUCCGGCUUGGAUAACCUCGCUUCCGGAAUAAAAAAAAGGACAACGUGGACUGUGCCUUUUUGUAUUUGUUAGACCGAACAACAAGAGCCGGUUUCGGGAGGAAUCGGAGCCCGCGCCGAGUGAACGUUAGCUGGCCUAGCCGCACUCGGGAGCUCGCCUCCAAAAAAAAAAAAAAACAAGAAGAGAAAAAACCAGAAUGGGGUCUAGGUCCACUCGGAUUAGCUCGCCGCUGGAGUGACCUUUGAUUGCGUUCUCCGAUGGCUAAUUUUACAAACUACCAGGAGGGCAAAGCGGCGAUGCUGGUGGAGACGCAGCAGCGGGACGUGGGGACGAAGUCGGCGGCCGCCAACGGAGACGGGGAACCCCCUUCCCCUUUAAUUAACCUCGGAGGCGGCGGCGGCGGCGGCGGCUUGCGCUUCCAUCAGCAUUUACCGCCGUCCAACCCGCUCCACCAUCACCCCGUCGGCCACCACCACCAGCCGCCAAAGGAUCAACCGCACCACCACCAGCUGGCUCCGCUGCAGCAGCAGCAGCAUCUUUCCGGGGACAACAGCGCCGAGUGCCCGGGAAGGAGAGCCUCCCCCUCGUCGCUCAGCCAGGUACCAACCGCCGAGGAGCUAGCGGCUAGCAGCAGCGGCAGUAGCAGCGGCGGCGGCGGCCAUGUAUACGCGGCGGCGAGCGUCGCCAGCACCUCGGACGCCGUGGACGACGUUCGCAAGUGCGGCUACCUGCGGAAGCAGAAGCACGGACACAAGCGGUUCUUCGUGCUGCGCGCCGCCAGCCGCCUGGGGCCGAGCCGCCUGGAGUACUACGACAGCGAGAAGAAGUUCCGCAGCACCCUGCGCUCCGCCGCCGCCGCCGCCGCGACGGCCUCGAGCGGCGGCGGCGGCGCCUCCCCCCCCAGGAGGGUCAUUUACCUCUACCAGUGCUUCACGGUGAACAAGAGGGCGGAUUCCAAAAACAAGCACCUCAUCGCCCUGUACACCAAGGACGAGUACUUUGCCAUCGUGGCGGAGAACGAGCAGGAGCAGGAGGACUGGUACGUGGCGGUCAGCGAGCUGAUGAGCGAGGGCAAGAAGGGGCACGUGGACUCUGAUGAUCUAGAUGACGGGUAUGGUACGGUCACACCCGGCACGGUGUUUAAAGAGGUGUGGCAGGUGAACGUGAAACCCAAAGGGCUGGGUCAGACCAAAAACCUCACGGGUGUUCACCGGCUCUGCCUCUCGACUAAAACCGUUCACCUCGUGAAGUUGAACUCCGAGACGCCCUGUGUCAACCUCCAGCUGAUGAACAUCCGGCGCUGCGGACACUCGGAGAGCUUCUUCUUCAUCGAGGUGGGGCGCUCCUCCUCCAUCGGGCCCGGCGAGAUAUGGAUGCAGGUGGACGAUUCCGUGGUGGCCCAGAGCAUGCACGAGACCAUCUUGGAGACGAUGAAGGCCCUGAAGGCUUUCGCCGAGUUUCGCCCCAGGAGCAAGAGCCAGUCGUCGGGUUCCAACCCGAUGCCGUUCAUCACCACGCGGCGCCACCUGGGCAACCUGCCGCCGAGCCAGACGGGGCUGCAGCGGCGGUCCCGGACAGAGUCUGUCGUCGGCACGCCGCCGUCGAGCAAGAGCUCCGGAGCCAGCGGGUAUCGCUUUCGGACGUCCAGCGAGGGGGAGGGGACCAUGAACCGGUUCCGGUCCAUCACAGGAAGCCUGGUGCACCUCAAUACGACGCGGGCCCACCACGGGCGCCAGGAAGGCGGCGGGGGCGCAGUCGCCACGGGAAACGCUGGCACCAGCACGGGCGGCAGCCGCUACGUCCGAGCCAUCGCCGGGGUGGCGUCCACCUGCCACGCCCGCUCCGCCUCGCUGCCGGUGUCCCACUUCCCCUCCACCACCAGCCCGGUGAGCGUGUCCUCCAGCAGCGGCCACGGCUCUGUCUCGGACACGCUGACCCGCCCGUCCAGCGCCUCGAUAUGUGGCUCCCCGUCCGACGGCGGCUUCAACUCCUCAGACGAGUAUGGUUCCAGCCCGGGCGACUUCCGCUACUUCCGGGUGCGGAGCAACACGCCGGACUCCCUCGGCAACACGCCGCCCAUCAGGGAGGAGAACUGCCUGAACGACUACAUGGCCAUGGGCUGGAACCGGGAGGUCUUCGGCGCGAGCGGCGGCGACACGCCGCGGGACGAGAGCACGUCCACAACGGAGGACGAGCGCUAUCCUCCCUCCUCCUCGUCCCUGAGGAGACGGGCGCACUCCUUCUCCAGAACGGUCGGCGGCGUGACCGGCGGCUCGGGAGUGGCGGUCUACCAGAAAAUGACCCAGACAAAUUUGUCGCUGGAGGAGGGGUCAGACGCGGCGCUGCCGUUUGGCAGCGGGCUGCUCCGCGGCGGUCCGUCCUCCUCCUCUUCGUCGCUCCGCUCCGACUACAGCUCCUGCUCGGAGCACAGCCAGCAGAGCCGCCCCUCCACGCUGCCCCGGACGGAGGCCGGUGGCGAGCGCCCCCUCCUCUCCUCCUCCGCCAAGGAAGACAGCGGCUACAUGCCCAUGUUAUGUGGCGUGGCCGCGGCGUCGCCUCGGGACACGCCCCCCGACUACAUGCCUAUGCAACCCGGCUCCUACGCCCACCCCGUCUCCCAUUCCCCCCAGCUUCACAGUCCGGCCCUCGGCCCCCGUUCGGCCCACCACCAACAGCUGCAGUCCCAGUCCUCCACCGACUCCCACGGCUACAUGAUGAUGCUCCCGGGACGCGGCGGCAGCAGCUCCCCCUCCCCGAGCCCACACGGCAGCUCCGGCGCAACCGACAGCAUAGCGGAGAGGCCCGAGAACGGGGAAUACAUGGACAUGUCGUGCAGCGGCGGGCGCAAGCCCUCCAACGAAGGGAGCAGCGGGUAUCUCACGCCCGGCACGCCGGAGGGUCCCCCUAAGUCUUACAGCCCUUACUUCUCCCUCCCUCGCUCCUACAAAGCCCCCACCAGAGACGGCGAUGAGAGGGAGUACGCCGACUACGUUCCCAUGAGCUCUCCCGCCAAGCCGGUCUAUUCGUCUGUGGCAAUGGCGUCCGUGUUGACACCAGAGAAGAAGGGCGGGGGCGGUAGUGGUAGUAACGCUUCAGCUCCCUCUCACCCGCCGCCGCCGUACGGGGCUCACCACACAACCGCUGCAGUGGCCGACCAGCGCGCCGCGAGGCCCAACCGCCUCCCUCUGGGCAGGAGGAGUUUCCACGGCCCGCAGCGGGUCGGUGACGCGUCGGUCCCCGCCACCGUCCCCGCAGCCGUCGGCUCGUCUGAGGGGCCCUCCAGUCCCGGGGAGUACAUCAACAUCGAGUUCGGGGACCACUACCCCCACCAACAGCAGCCCCCCGCUUAUCCCCUCUCGGGCCAAGACGACGCGCCUUCCUUGGACCGCCGUCACUCCCCCCACCAGGACUACAUGAGCGUGGACGUGGCGGCGGACCAGCGAGACGGCGCCGGGUGUCUGGGCAAAAACCAGUCCCCUAGACCCAGCCUCGUUGCCCCCUGGAAUCCGCCGAGCUACAUCCGACCCCUGGCCAGCAACCCCGGGGCGCUGGCCUCCCCCGGAGUCUCCGCCGGAGGUCACUGGAGGUCGAUGGGGGACGACUACACGGACAUGACGUUCAACCCCAGCAGGGGGGAGCGGACGCAGACGAGCCCCACGGCCGUGCUGCAGCACCUCUGCGUGAUGGAGGGUCGUUACGGCCACGUUCCCCCGGCCUCCCCCGCCCCCGCUUCUCCCCCGCCGACGCAACAACCGGAGCCCAAGGUGGUCCGCGCCGACCCCCAAGGCCGGAGGAGGCACAGCUCGGAGACGUUUUCCUCCACGUCCUCCACCACUUCGACCCCCUCAGGAGGAGGACCCCCCACCGCCCCCUCGUCUGCCCACCUGACGCAAGCCGACCCCGCGGCCGCCAGCGGUCCGCACCUAUCGGAAGGUCCUGCUUCCAGGUGGGCCAGCUCGGCGUCCUUUGACAGCACGUGGAUGUCCAUGGAGGGUCUGGGGGACUUGCCGCCCCCCCACGCUCCGGUCAGAGCCAGGGAAAUGGGCUCGGCCGCCGUGACCCCUUCUUCCUCCUCCUCCUCAUCCUCCUCGGGGGCCAGCAGGAUGUGCUGGAACAUAUCGGUGUGCUACCAGAACGGGCUGAACUACAUCGCCCUGGAGCUGAGGGACGACGGGGGCAGCGGGGCGGGCGCCGCCGCCAACGCGGGCUCGACGGCGCCUCUGCCGGAGAACGGCACCUACGCCAGUAUAGACUUCACAAUACCUGACCGGAUCACCACGACAACCAAGGACUGACGGCAUGCUGGAGCCCCCCGUCCUCCUCCUCCUCCCCCUCUUCAUCAUCUCUCCGCCUUGACUCUGCCUGAGACCUUCAGGCCCCUCCUCCUCCUCAGCGGCCGUUGACCUCUGACCUCUUCAGACUGAGCAGCGGCUCCUCUCUGGAUGCAGAAAUCAGCAGAUGACUUAUGGACGUGUACGUCAUCUUUUCAUUUUUUUAUAUGCAUAUAUGUGGUCGGUUUCAUUUUUAUCACAAUGGAUGCUGGCAGAGGACGGUAUCUUUUUUUGGUGGGGGGGUUGCUGCUUCUCCACACGGUAUUAAAAAGGGAGGCUGGAUACUAAAAGGCAUUAUGGUACAAACUUCACGUCGCUUUAAAACAUUUUCAAUCCUUCCUCCGCGGUACCAAACAGCUGAAGUACAGAAUGUAUUAUUUUAAUUUUUUUAAUGGAUUACUCCCUCGGUACAACGUUGAUUAUUUAUUUGUUGCAAUAGGUACAAAAUACUCGGAUACAUUUCUUUGGUCGACUCCUGCAGGCCGCUCCGUGUUUUAAAGGGACAGUUCAACCUCUUUUUUUUCUAUUUUAAACAUUUGGCAAAAACGUGAAAGUUACCGAGCUUUGCUAGCCACCCCAAUGCUAAGCUAACUAGCCCUGCUGGCUAGCAGCGUGGACCUUCUCGUCCAGCAGAACUAUCCCUUUAAGAUGAAGGAACCAGUAAACUAAGUGGCCUGCAGGGAUCGGACGCUCCAUCGGCUCCUUUCAGUUUUACCUCACAAGGUCCGUCGCACAUUUCAGGUGAGCGAGGGAGCCGCACACACACGCGCGCACACACACACACAUCUGCAUCACACACACACACACACAAACAUACAAUGCUGUGAAAGCUAAAAAAGCACAAAGUACAGACCUCGGCACUGGGAUGCAAACACUAAGACUGACGCGCACACAAAGACACACACAAUAGAUCUCUGCAAGUGAAGUGUGCACACGUACGCACGUGCACGCUCUCACAACACAUGCAGCAAGUCAUGCGGCCCUAUUUAGGCCUGGUAGCUGCGCUGUGCUCCCAUUUGGGCUCUUUGUCAGCGGCUGUUGGUGACGCACACAGACACACACACACACACACACACACACGCGCGCUUUGGCCUACGUCACCGAGUGACGUAAAGAGGUUUCCAGUAACGAGCUGCAGCGUGCUGGUAAUACUCGUCCUACUGCGAUCGCACACACACACACACACUUCAACACACUCGUACGCCUUCAUUUAACGUUUCUACUCGACUCGUGCUCAAUAACAGAAGUUCAAUCUUUCUACGCAUUUUUUUAUUCGUUCCGUUUUCAAGUGUUUUUUUUAGGUUGUUUUUAUUUGUGUUGCCCUUUUCGUCUGUGUGACGCAUCGAGGUCGUCGUCCUUCUUUCGGCCGCCGAGGAUCUGAAAGGAUUCUUUAAAGGAGCAGCGAGGCCUCCUCUGAUUGGCCGGGUUGACUUCCUGUGGGCGGGGCCGGGGGCGGCGCGCGGUGCACGUGCAGCAGCCUGUUAUGAAAGUUUGACGACUUGAAUACGACUUUUCCAUAAUUCUUUUUUUCUUUGUUGAAUAAAAGAUUCAUAACCUGCAAAAACGGGCGUCCAGCUUUCCUUAUUUAAAAUAUGUCGAAGACAAAGUGCUGAACUCGACGACGUCCCGAAGGAGAGCGCCACGUUUUGGUGUCUUCGCCGUUCUAACACUUAGAGAUUUAAAACGAAUUCUCUGGGCGAACGCGGCGUCUUGGUCUCACUGAAGGACGCGUGUUGUCUUUGACCAGUAGCGCGUGCACCUCGGCGUCCUGCAGCGUCUUUGUGCUUCAGUCCUCAAACGUUUCACCGGAAAAGAUGCAAAAUAACAGAUUCAGACAAACUGGAGAUGUUUGUUGCCGUUUCCUGCGUCUCAUCCACGUCAUCGAUGUUAAGAAUCCAAACCAAACGCUGCAGCACGGAGCUCCCAAAGAGGAGGGGAUGGAUAAGGACGUAUAUUUUUGUUUAGGUGGCGUUAUUUUUAUUAAUAUUAUUAUUAUUUAUAUCGAGGCCUGCGACGCAUCUCGUAUGAACAUUGGAAACAAUUUGAGUUAUUUUCUCACCGUUUCCAACAAAUACAAUAAUAAUUAAACUGCCGUUUAAAAAGCUUAAACUAAAGCGACUUGUUGCUUUUACUUUUAGUUUUAUUUUUAUUUUUUUAUUUUUAUUUUUUACCCGUACGGCAAAAACAGGUGGAUCUCGAUACUUUGGGGGAUUCUGGGAAAGAAUCCGCCUUCAUUUAUCUGAAUCAUUACUCGGAGAUGAAAAGGCAAAAUGUCGCCCUCCUGACGCAACUGGAUUAAGGUACAAAGAAUCUGUUUGUUUGUUUGUUUGUUUGUUUUGGCAACAAUUCAAGCGUAAAAACUCAUUCGUAAUAUAUGAAGAAUCACCUGAGGGAACGGUGGUGUCCGUCUUCCUCUAAUCCGUUGCUUUGUUUUGUAUUCUAGUUUACAGAUGAGGGGGGGGGGGGAGCAUCCCUUUUUUAAAUGUAAAAAUGAAGCAUUACUAGGAUUUUUUGGGUGUUUUUUUUAAGAGUACAAAGGCAUUUUGCAGUUAUUUGUAUAAAGAAAUGGGUCACGACCUCUGCCCGACGUUUAUUUUUUUGUAACUAUAUUACAGUUUAUUUGCUGCUGUGUAGUAACAAGUUAACGGUUGAAGACGAUGCCCCCCCCCCCCCCCCCCCCAUGAUGAUGAUCAAAGUGAGCGUCUCCUUCUGUAAAUACUUUUACCUUGCUUUCUUCUUCUCCCCCCCCGGCGCCCCCCCGUCCCCAUCCUGUCUGGGGGGGCACGCGGAGGUGUUUUGAGCAUCAGCAUAGUGUUUAUAUUUAUCAAGACUUUUUGCUUUCGAUAGCGCUAUUGCAAUAAAAAUGUGUUCAUGUAACCGC